CGUUCGUUUACCCACAAAUCACGGGUUUCCCAAAAGAACCCAGUUUUUAGAUCCAACGGCUGAAAAUCACUUGUGGGCACUCGAUAACCUGGUGCACCCACACGGCGCACGAUAGCUAUCCCUCCCUUGAAAACAGUUCUUCGUUCUCCCUAGUAUGCGCCUUACUCCUCCCCGCCAGUUUCCAACACUCUCUCAUUGGUUUUUUGACAGUUAAAAAUACAGUUAUUCAGCUGCUCAGAUCAAACCCAGCUGUUAUGUUUGUCCUCACAGGUGCUUAAUCUGCAAAUUCAGUCAUCUGUAGAGGAAAGAAUGUCAGAAGGGACAAGUGUAGUGAUGGAAUCUUCUGAAAAUGGCACAGAUUUGUCUCAAGAUGAUAUUGGCACCAUAGAGGAAACACCCGACAAUACAAUUUUGUCACGACAGACUUCUGUGAACCUUGUUCCAUUUAUAGGCCAAAGAUUUGUUUCUCAGGAAGCCGCUUAUGAAUUUUAUUGCAGUUUUGCAAAGCAAUGUGGCUUUUCAAUCAGACGUCAUCGAACUCGUGGCAAGGAUGGGGUCGGUCGGGGAGUUACAAGAAGGGAUUUCACUUGCCAUCGUGGUGGAUAUCCACAGUUGAAACCGUCUGAAGAUGGAAAGAUGCAGAGAAAUCGCAAAUCAUCACGCUGUGGUUGUCAAGCAUAUUUACGCAUUGUUAAGCGGGCAGAUUUUGACCUCCCUGAAUGGCGUGUUACAGGAUUUAGCAAUAUCCACAACCAUGAACUUUUAAAACCACAACAAGUUCGUCUCCUUCCUGCCUAUUGUACAAUAUCUCCAGAUGACAAAAGUCGGAUUUGCAUGUUUGCAAAAGCUGGAAUGUCAGUGCGGCAAAUGUUAAGAUUGUUGGAGCUAGAGAAAGGUGUUAAGUUGGGCUGUCUACCAUUUACAGAAAUAGAUGUGAGAAAUCUUUUACAAUCUUUUAGAAAUGUUGAUAGAGAUAGUGAUGCUAUUGAUCUUAUCGCAAUGUGCAAGAAACUGAAAGAUGAAAAUCCUAACUUCAAGUAUGACUUCAAAAUAGACUGCCAUAACAGGCUGGAGCAUAUUGCAUGGUCUUAUGCUUCAUCAGUUCAAUUGUACGAGGCAUUUGGAGAUGCAGUGGUUUUUGACACAACACACCGUCUGGAUGCCUAUGAUAUGCUAUUAGGCAUUUGGCUUGGAGUGGACAAUCAUGGAAUGACAUGUUUUUUCAGUUGUGUGCUUCUACAGGAUGAAAAUAUGCACUCUUUUUCCUGGGCACUGAAGACGUUCUUGGGCUUCAUGAAAGGAAAGGCCCCACAGACAAUAUUAACUGACCAUAACAUGUGGUUGAAAGAUGCUAUUGCUAUUGAAAUGCCUGAAACCAAACAUGCCUUUUGCAUUUGGCACAUCAUUGCAAAGUUCUCAGAUUGGUUUUCUAUACUGCUUGGAUCACAUUAUGAUGAUUGGAAAGAUGAGUUUCAUCGGCUCUAUAAUAUGGAAUUUGUGGAAGAUUUUGAAGGGGGGUGGAGAGAAAUGGUGAAUAAAUAUGGAUUUCAUGCAAAUAAGCAUAUUAUCAGCUUAUAUGCAUUACGAUCAUUUUGGGCUUUGUCAUUCUUGCGUCGGUACUUCUUUGCAGGAAUGAUGGGUACAUGUCAGUUAGAGUCAAUUAAUGCUUUCAUCCAACGGUUUAUGAGUGCACAGUCUCAACUGGAUCAUUUUGUAGAGCAAGUAGCUGAUAUUGUUGAUUUCAAUGACCGGGUUGGAGCAAAGCAAAAGAUGCAACGGAAAUUGCAGAAAGUCAGCCUGAAAACAGGUUCACCAAUUGAAUCUCAUGCUGCCACUCUUCUUACUCCCUAUGCCUUUAGUAAACUCCAAGAGGAGCUUGUGUUGGCUCCGCAGUAUGCGUCUCUUCUGGUUGAUGAAGGUUGUUUCCAGGUUAGACACCAUACCCAGAUAGAUGGAGGGUGCAACGUGAUAUGGAUUCCUUGUCAAGAGCACAUCAGCUGUAGCUGCCAUCAGUUUGAGUUUUCAGGCAUACUCUGUAGACAUGUCCUACGUGUCCUGUCAACUAAUAACUGCUUUCACAUUCCAGAUCGAUAUCUACCUAACCGUUGGCGUAGUGUCAAUUCAUCUUGCUCCAACCCCUUCCAGACUGCAACUACAAGGGAGCAUUCUGAGAGGAUUCAGUUAUUAGAGUCCAUGGCUUCAACACUUGUGACAGAAUCAAUUGAAACGGAGGAAAGGCUUGAUGUUGCUUGUGAGCAAAUGGCCAUGGUGUUAUCACGUAUUAAAGAUCUUUCUAGGUCAACACAUAGCAUGAAUGAAAUUGCGUAUAAUUGCCCAUCUGACUCGUUGAUUCUACCAGAAGUGGAAGAUGCUGAUGGAAUUGUUCAGAGUUUUACAAUUGGGAAUCCUCAUGAUAAUAUCACUUUGGGAAAGCUUAAAGAGAGAAGGCCAAGAGAUGGGAUUGAUACCAUUAGAAAGCGGAGGCAUUGUCCGGGGCCUUGCUGUGGGCAUUUUGGACACGAUGGAUCAGCCUGUUCAUUAAUAGGAGAUGAUGAUUUGCCUGAAGAUGCACUAGGGUAUUUGUAGUUCAACAAGUGGGAACUGGUACUAGAUGUACAAAGCAAUAGUAUCACCUUUGUAAACGUCCAUUACCUUUCUUUUUUUCUCUUUUUGAUGAAUCAGAAAAUUACAUUAAUGCAAACACCAUAUGUUACACCACUCUCAGCAAGAAGCUGUUUACCCUGCCAGUACAACCCUUACACAAUAGAACUAUCAAGCACAAAGAGAUGUGCUGGCAUUCAGUAA